AUGAGGCCUCCGACGCAUUUCGGUAACGACAUUACCAACACCGAAGGGAACGGCGAGGAACAACAGAACAACAACAACAAUGGUGGCGGCGGCGGCGGAAACGGGGCCAACAAUGGCAACAAUGGCGGAAGCAACACGGACUACAUUGUCGAGCGGUUGACGCAGAUGGGUGCCACAAUUAACUUCCCGAAGGUUGCCGGCCGUGGCAUCAUCCGGGUUGUGGAGCGCUGCGAUGAUGCGAAGGAGAACAACAAUCUAGGUAAGGGUGUGGAUGUGGAUUGGGUUUGUUUGGUGUUUGGGUUUGAUAAAGUGUAG